CCCACGGAGAGCUCUAUGGAAGACUCAUCUACUACAGAUCGACUAAACUUUGACAGGUUUGAUAUAUGCAGAUUGCUGCAGCACGGGGCAUCGCUUUUGGGCUCUGCUGGUGCAGAAUUUGAAGUCCAGGAUGAAAAAUCAGGUGAAGUGGAUCCUAAAGAGAGGAUAGCACGCCAACGGAAAUUAUUACAGAAGAAACUUGGGCUUAAUAUGGGAGAAGCAAUUGGAAUGAGUACUGAAGAGCUCUUCAACGAUGAAGACUUGGAUUAUACCCCAACUGCAGCAGCCCUCGUAAACAAACAAUCUACUCUCCAGGCAGCUGAAUUGAUUGAUUCAGAAUUCCGAGCAGGAAUGAGUAAUAGACAGAAGAACAAAGCUAAAAGAAUGGCCAAGUUAUUUGCGAAACAGAGAUCCAGGGAUGCAGUGGAACCAAAUGAGAAGAGCAAUGACAGCACUGAUGGAGAACCAGAAGAAAAGAGGCGGAAAGUAGCAAAUGUUGUUAUUAAUCAGACUGCAAAUGAUUCCAAAGUCUUGAUUGAUAAUGUUCCAGAAUGUUCUUCCUUAAUUGAAGAGACAAAUGAAUGGCCUUUGGAAAGUUUUUGUGAAGAACUUUGCAACGACCUUUUUAAUCCCUCCUGGGAGGUUCGACAUGGGGCAGGUACUGGACUCAGAGAAAUUCUUAAGGCUCAUGGGAAAAGUGGUGGUAAAAUGGGAGACAGCACUUUAGAAGAGGUAAGAGUAUUAAAGCUAUGAUUUAGUUUUAGUAGUUGGUCUCUUUUUCCAAUUUAGGGGGAAGCAACAAAAGUUACGUAACGAAGUAGAAAUGCAAGGUGAGAAAGGUGAAGAGCUUUUAUGAAAAGGUUAAAGAAAAAGAUGCAAGUUUAUCAUUGUAGAAUGAGUUUAGGGAACAGAGAUAUUCAGAAACACUAGAGUGGAGCAAUUGUAGGAAGGAGAGCAUUUGAGCAGUAGAGAGUAGAGUAAGGUGAAUAAUAUGGUAGUGGUUGCUGAGCAACAUCAGUGUAGGGAGAAAACACUGGAAAUAGCAUAGCUAGCAGAAGACCCGCUAAAGAGUAACAUCACGUAAUACUUUUCUUUUGUUUUCUUGGAGGUGGGGGAUAUUUUGAUACAGUCUCACUGUUGAGUCCUGGCUGGCUUGGAACUAUGUACCUUUCUAAGCUGGAAUUCACAGAGAGCCUCCUGCCUCUGCCUCCUGGGUUCCCAGCCUGUAGUAGGUUUUGUGUGUGUGUGU